AAAUGCUCGAAACGAUCUGUUCUCUAUGCUACGUUGAAUUGCAAUUAGAUUUUCUUUCUCAUUUUUAUCACAGUUAUAACGUAUAUCUCUAUCUCAUUUUAAGUACAUACAACGAGAUACACUAGUUCGGUUAUAAAGAACAGACCUCUUAUCUCGAAUAGACUCGCAUCGAUCUGUCAUUCCACUGAUUUACAAAUAGAAACAAUAUAUUUAUGUAUAUAUAAGUUUAUAAUUUUGAUAUAUAAUCUAAAUAAGGGAGAGACGUACAAGAGAUAUUUUUGGCAUUAUCGCGGAAUGAAUAAUUAUGCAUUGUUUACAUUCUAUGUUCGGGUUAUAUUAGUUUAUUUAGAGCUAGAUAUCAAAACAUGACACUUGAAAUAAUCAUUAUCUUGUUUUCUAAUUCCAUUGCCAAGUAAAUAAUAGUCUCUUUUUAUAUGUACGAUGAUACGUGUGUGUAUCUGUUGCAAACAGCGAAUAAGCAAAACGUCAGAUAUAUCGCUUUUCAGAUUCCCAAGAUCAGCUAAAUUAUUUAAAAGAUGGUUGUUUGCAAUUGGUGCGGAAAGGAAGGUCACUGAAUCAUCACGGAUAUGCUCACGUCACUUCAAGAAAAAUGACUUUAGAUACGAUUUAGUUGAAAAUAAACGCUAUUUAAAGCAAGGUGCAAUACCAUCUCUUCGUUUAAACAAUAAAGAGAUCAGGUAUGAUCCUAUUUUGGAUAGCCAAGACACAAUUGUUAAGGAAAACCAGCCAAGAAAUUCUGUGAUUUCAUAUAUGGAGACUACUGAAGCUGAAACUUCAGAUACUACAGAAUCACCUAUGGAAGGAGAUAAUCCACUGUCUGAAAGAGUAUCGCUCACUCAAGAAAGCUCAAAUGAACAAGAAAAGAAGAAUAAGAGAUACCUAUAUGAUGUUCGUUGGGAAGAAAUCUCUACAUCGCCAGUGCAAGCUAAAAUUUAUUGGGAAGUAGCAAUCAAAAAGAUCACACGGCAAAAGAAGAUUGUAAAAAGUUUACGGCAGAAAGCCAAAAGAUUAGAAAAACAGAUAUUAGAAUUACAAACUCUGGUAAAAAAAGAAGCAAAAAAGAUGAUGUUAUGAAAGAUAAAUGGUUUAUGACCAUGUGACUAAUAAUUUAAUGUACAGUGAUUAUAAAAGUAUAUAUUUUAUUUA